AUGGCUAUCGCACAUUUGUCUCUUCCACGAGCACACAUAGACGCAUUCGUCGGGACUUCACUAGCUUUCAGUCCACCGCCGAUGGAUGGCACAUUAACAAUCCCAGAGAUGUUCAAGCAUCAUGCCGUACACAACCCAAACCACCCUUUGUUCGUUUAUGCGAACGAUGAGGCCAGUAGGGUGACUGUGUCCUAUCUCGACAUAUGGCGCUUGGUCAAGAGAGCCAUGACCAUUAUCAACGCUCAUUUCAUAUCUGCAAAGAGGAGAUACGACCUCCAAGGCCCGCAGAGACGUCUUGCCCAGGGCCCGACCAUUGGCAUUCUUGCUUCCACAGACACGAUCACUUUCUUCUGUACGAUCGUCGGUAUAAUGUGUCUCGGCUUUGUCCCUUUCCCUAUAUCUACUCGAAUUCCUGCGUCCACCGUCGCCCAUCUCAUCAAGACUGGACACAUCAUUCAGCUCUUCGCUUCCUCUGAUCCCGCCAUGCAACGCCUUGCGGGUGAUGCCAUCGGGAUUCUCUCACAGGAUGGUAUCAGCGUUGAAUUACUGCCUAUGCUACACCUCGAUGACUUGUGGGAUACCGCCCACAUCCCCGACGAGGACGAGCCUGAACUCGUCAACUCGAACUUAGACAAAAUCGCCAUCUUUUGUCAUACCUCUGGAUCCUCUGCUCUACCCUCUUUAGUACCUAUCACCCAUAGAACGUUCCUCCAGUAUAGUACCAUCCCCUCUCAUGGGCAAGUAAACUUAUGCGGAGCCGUUAUCGCUAUGCAUGUCGUCCCGCUUUUCCAUACUAUGGGAUUUUCCAGUAUCGUUUGGCCGGUCACGACCGGGUUAAUCCUCGGCAUCUUCAAACCCUCCAUUCCGCCCAUCGCACCUACCGCGGAGAACUAUUUCGAAGGGAUCGUCGCUACCGACAGUGAUAUUCUUUUCUGUGUUCCGUCGUUCAUAGAGUCGUGGUUCCAGGACCCGGAGAGGCUUCCAGCAUUGCAAAGACUUACCGCCAUUGUCUUCGGAGGAGCGCCGUUGAACAAAAGCAUAGGUGACCAACUAGCUGAUAUGGGCGUGGCGUUGUUCUCAUCAUACGGAACGAGCGAGAUAGGAACUUUUAAUAUGUUCAUUCCCGCCGAAAUUCCUGCGGUCGAUGAGUGGGAAUACUUCCGGAUCUCGCCACAUCUCGAGGUAGAGAUGCUGCCUCAGGAGGGUCUUCCGGGUGUCUAUGAAGCCACUGUCAUUGUACGUCACACGCCAAAAUUUUGCCCUAACAUUCUUAACUCCAAGUCGAGCGAUGGGCGUGCAAACUAUCGCACUGGGGACCUGCUGGAACGGCAUCCUCAUGAUGCUACACUAUGGAGGAUGUUUGGUCGUGCAGAUCAUAUAAUACCGUUAAGUAACGGAGAGAAGACAAAUCCGGGCCCCUUAGAGGAUGUUCUUGUGCACGAUCCUCACAUCGAGUCCGCCAUCAUGUUCGGUCACGGACGACUCCAAAACGGCGUAUUAAUACAGCUAAAAAAGGAGUUUAUCGUCCAGAGUGGGGAUGAGAGCCAGCUGGCUCACCUUAGGAACCUUAUCUGGCCAUCGGUGGAAAAUGUUAACGAGAUAGCUCCGCAGCAUUCGAGGGUGUUGAAAGAAAUGGUCUUGUUUGCCACUUUCGACAAACCAUUUGGGUAUACGCCCAAGGGUGCGCCCCGGCGCCACACCAUCUUAGUGGCGUAUAAGGAUGAAAUUGACGCUCUAUACGAGUACUUCACUAGCUGCCUAGUCAUGGACUUACCUGUCCCGCUUGAGACAAAGGAAGGGAUGACCUCUCUGAUCCGCACCACCCUCCAACGAGUGAUGAACCAGAAGCUGGCAGACGAGGAUGACUUCUUCCAGCAUGGAUGUGACAGUCUUCAGGCGAGGUAUAUCCGGAACAGCAUAUCACACGCAUUACAUCGAUCGAUCGACCGCCCAUCACUUUCACUUCUUUCGGAUGUUGUCUACAGAUACCCGACCAUCUCUUCCUUAGCGACCUUCCUUCACCAGUCGGGUCGCCCUGAUGCACUGGAGCCCUCUUCUGACGCAAAGAAGAACCCACGCCAGCUAGAGGAUAUGCUUGUAAAAUAUACCCAAGGACUUGAACCCGAAGGGCUUCAUGAUGUUGUCCUUCUGACUGGCUCCACUGGGUGCCUGGGUAGUCAUCUUCUGGCACAGCUCAUGUCAAAUCCAUCGAUAUCAUAUGUGUACGCCCUGAACCGAGGACGCACGUCUCACGCAGACCUUGAGCAGCACCAACGUAGAGCAUUUGAGGCGUGGGGGCUCGACAUUGCGUUGCUAGACACCAAUAGACUCCGGUUUCUCGUCGCAGAUCUCUCUUGCGCUCGGCUGGGUUUGGAGGAAGAUAUAUAUCAAGAGUUGAAGGAGGGCGUCAAUUCUAUCAUUCACUGUGCCUGGCGGGUGGACUUCAACUUGAAACUCUCCUCCUUCGAACCACUGAUCCGUGGCGUCCGCAACCUCGUUGAUUUCGCAAUGGCUUGCGUGCGCCAGCCUUCAUUCAUGUUCACAAGCUCUAUCUCCGUUCUCCCAAGUGUGUCAUUCCGCGCUUUGUGGUACAUCCUCGACGCUUAUAUCUGUGUUGAACUUCCUUUGCUCGAUCCGACGACAAACCUGGCCACAGGAUAUGCCGAAAGCAAAUGGGUCGCAGAGAACAUUCUUUGGCGCGCAAUGAAAUCCUACAGAUCCAGACAUAAAGUCAACAUUGUCCGCAUCGGACAGCUCUGCGGUAGUAGCAAGUCUGGGAGAUGGAACGAGAAAGAGUGGGUGCCGGCCAUGCUUCGGGUUUCUCAGGGUCUCGGUGCGGUGCCACAUAACGAUGAGAUGAUCUCGUGGAUUCCGGUGGAUUUCGCUGCCGCUUCGAUUAUUGAAAUGCUCGGGUCGCAAGAAUCGGUGCUUCACCUUGUGCACUCCCGUCCCGUCCCAUGGAGCGUCUUCAGCAACACUGUUUCGCAGUGCUUGGGAUUGCCGAUUAUACCGUUUGAGGAAUGGGUGUCGAAGUUAAUUGUCCCGUCUCAAUCCAAGAAGGCCGAGAUCGUGAGUGGUCCUGCGGCGUCGUUGGUCGACUACUUCAAGCGCUACGAAGUGUCUGGGGCGAUUAGCACGGAAAAGGCGGAGAAUAUAUCGCCGUCAUUGCGAGGAGCGGAGGUGCUUUGUGCGGAGGAUGUCCGAAGAUGGAUAAAAUACUGGAGAUUUAGCGGGUUUUUGACUACGUAG